AUGCAGACUGUCCUUCGUCUCUAUCUCGUCCUCCUAAUCUUGGCUUUGGCAUUGGUGGCUGAAUCAUCAAUGUUGACGUCGGGUGGUGAUGUCUACUGGGUUGGUGGUGGGCGGCUUAGUAGUACUGCUUCGAGGUCAUGUAAUGGCGUCGUUGGAGAAUGCAUUGCAAGCGACGGAAAUGAGAUGAUGAUGAUGGACUGGGAAAAUAGUAGUAGUCGACGAUCACUUGCUCAAGGUCGAGCAUCUCACAUUAGCUAUGCUGCAUUGAUGAAAGACUCAGUCCCAUGCAACAAAAGAGGCAGAUCUUACUACGCUUGCAGGUAUUCUGGAAAGGUUAAUCCUUACAGGCGACAAUGCACCAUGGCCACACACUGUGCAAGGGAUCUCCGUUAA